UAUUUGUAUUAGUUUGGAAUUGAUAAUACAUUAGCGCAAACAUUUGCGUCGUACUCCAAAGGUUACGAUGAGGAGCAUUUUAUUCAUGGAUUCUUUCUAUGUAUGGAUUCAUAUGUGUUUAGCGAACAAAGUCUGAAGUUCAGUUUCUCCCAGGCGCAUUCCGACGGUAGUGUACUAUUACUGUCUGCGGUUGACGUAGCAUGUCGUCUGCUACCUAAUCGCUACGGUAACUUCGGAAAAAUCAACGUAAUUGGCCUAUAGUAUGAAAGAUAUUGUCAUUAUACUGAUAUCCAAUUCUGACCUGUGAACACUAUUAAUCGACGUAAGAUACUUCAAUCUCCGGCGCUAUUAUCAGAGCGCGUUAAACUCAUUCUGUAAUUAAACAUGGCACAAAAACAACUUUAUGUCAGAUGCAAGCUGAAAAUUCCACCAGCACCGCACCGAGUAAACGUGAGGUUCAAAAGGUUUCUGGCCUCAGAUACGGAAUAUCAGUUUCUACAACAGAGUAAAAUUCCUACUUACCACUUUCAACCUUCACUACCGAGACUUCCAGUUCCUAAACUUGAAGAUACUUGUGCUCGAUACUUGGCUGCACAGCAGCCAUUAUUGCUACAGAAUGAGUUUGAAAUGACAAAUAAGUAUGUCAGUGAUUUUGCUGCAAAAGAAGGCAAACAACUGCAUGAAGAACUAAAAGAAAUAGACAAUAGAAACAAACAUACAAGUUACAUAUCUGAACCUUGGUCUGAUAUGUAUUUGAAGGACAGAGUUCCGUUGCCCAUAAAUUACAAUCCAUUAAUUGUAUAUGUGAAUGAAGAAAACAGUGAAUACAACACACAAGUUAUAAGAGCUUCUAACCUGCUUAUCUCUUCAUUGAGGUUUAUGAGGUCUUUAAAAACAGAAACUCUUGACCCAGAAGUAUUUCACCUAAAUCCAAAGAAGAGUGAUACAGAUCUCUUCCGAAGAGUGUGUCGUCUUCUUCCAUCAUCAGUGUCUUGGUAUGGGGCUUACAUGUUUAAGGCGUACCCAUUAGACAUGGUUCAGUACAGUAGUUUAUUCAAUUCCACCCGGAUACCUGGUACUGGAAAGGACAGCCUCUUCAAAAAUGAGGCUGCAAAACACAUCUUGGUUAUGAAGGGUGGAAAUUUUUAUACUUUUGACGUACUGGAUAGAGAUGGGAACAUACUAAACCCAUCAGAUAUAUUUACAUGUGUAAAAUAUAUAGCUGAGCAUCAGGCUCCAGCUUCUUCAUAUCCUGUUGGGAUUCUCACAACAGAAAACAGAGAUGUUUGGGCCAAAGCAAGAAAACAUCUGGAAGCUAUAGGGAAUGCAGAUGUCUUAAAAUUAAUAGAUUCCAGUAUUUUUAAUUUGGUGUUGGAUGAUGUUAGUGUUGCUGAUGACAAAAAAUACAUGAUGCAGUGUCUUCUACAUGGUGAUGGUAGGAACAGAUGGUUUGACAAAUCAUUCUCCCUUCUUUUUUCCAAAGAUGGAGUAGCAGCAAUAAACUUUGAACACUCUUGGGGAGACGGUGUUGCAGUGCUUCGUUACUUAACUGAUGUAUUCAAGGACAGUAGUACAAAACCGAGGAUUCAUCCUGAUACUACAGUGUCCAACUGUGAACCAGAGAAAAUGGUGAAAAUGUUAGAUUUCAAACUUGAUGACAAAGCAAAACAUGACAUACAGUCAGCAGCAGAGGCAUAUGAAAAGUUCUACAAAUCUUUAAAUUUUAAUAUUCUUGAAUUUCCUGGAUUUGGGAAGAAGAUUUGUAAAACUCAUCGUGUAAGCCCAGAUUCAAUAAUGCAACUUGGAUUCCAGGUUGCUUUUCAUCGCCAGAACAGUCAUUUUGCUGCUACUUACGAGUCUUGCAGUACUGCUGCUUUCAAGCAUGGUCGUACGGAGACAGUCAGGCCUUGCACAAUGGCCACUAAGGCAUUCUGUGAGGCUAUUAACAAUCAACAGAGGCCAAGUAAUUCUGAACUGAGGUCACUUAUCGAAAAAUGUUCUGAAGUACAUGGGAAACUUACGAGAGAAGCAGCUAUGGGGCAGGGAUUUGACAGACAUCUGUUUGCAUUACGCAGACUUGCAGAAAACAAAGGACAUGUACCAUCAGUAUUUGCUGAUGAAGCAUAUCAGAAAAUCAAUAAAAAUAUCCUUUCCACAUCUACGCUUUCAUCAGAUAUUGUUAUGGCUGGUGCUUUUGGACCUGUGGUUAAAAAUGGAUAUGGAAUUGGGUAUAGCAUUUCUGAUGAUCGUCUUGGAAGUGUUGUAACUACAUAUGCUCAAGAGAGAGACGGCUCAGACUUUGUUUCUUGCCUGAAGACAGCAUUUGAAGACAUUUAUAGUGUUCUUGUUAAGAGUAAACAAUAGUUGCCUACCAGUUCAAUAUCUGUUUAAUAAUUUAUGCAGUAAGAUAUUUUUCAUUGUACAAUUUAUAAUUUUAAUGUGUUACUGUAUUGAGAAGGAAUUCUUUAUUUUUUUUAUUUUUUUAUUUUUUACAUUGUGUAGUUGGUUUUGUCUGAUUACAGGAUAUAAAAUAUUCAUGAAUGCUUUUAUUAGGUAUUUUCUGUCUGUUUUGUUACCCUUGAUUUGUUAGUUCCAUCAUAUCAUUCGAAUAAAAAUGAUGGAAUUUCAUAA